AUGGGUCGGACCACCGAGCAAUCCAUACGACCUUCCGAACUGAAGCACGACAAAGCCCCCCUGCCAAACCCCACUGAGAUCAUAGACAUCACAAACCAGGCGGAGCUAGAGGCCGCAGUGGGAAGCCUGACGAGAAGGAUAGGCCAGACAGUCGACCGGCUCGUCCCAGUAGCCCGGCCAUCCCCAUAUGGCAAGCGCUGGUGGACCCCAGAAUUGACAAGGAUGCGUGAUGAAUACACUUGGACCCGGAAUCGAUGCACCCAGGCCCGACGAUAUGGAUAUGUUCUAACUGAACUAGAGGAGGCGGCAUCAUACCUGAGAAAACAAUACCAAAGGAAGAUCCGAGACGCCAAGCGACGGCAUUGGAAGGAAUUCUUAGACAAUACCGACAACAUAUGGAAGGCGGCACGGUACCUAGAACCUAGGGACAGAGUCAUGGGAGUGAUCCCUACCUUACGCAUGGCAGAGCAGACUAUCAAGGAUGACCGGGAAAAGGCGAAUACACUCUUACAAGCCUUCUUUCCGCCAUUACCUGACAUCCCGGAGGCACCGCCUAGAGAUACACCGCGGAGGGAACCCCUCCACAUGGAGCUAGUAUCCCCGCAUGAGAUUAAAGCAGCUCUAAUGAAGAUAGCCUCAUGGAAGGCUCCCUGUUGUGAUCUAUCAUACACACCGGAAUCUAUUCCUCUCCUCCACGGAAUUACCAGUAUUGAUUACUAA